AUGAUUUUCACAUGCAUGUAAACAUCGGGACAAGCUUGAGUUUGCCUUUCACAACUCUCGCACGUUUCUGAACGUAAUGUUGUAUAAAAAUCAGGAAAAGUGUGAUCCUGAGAGCAUUUGUUUUCCCAACGUUAUCGCGUGAACAACAAACUUUUCCAAGGCAGACGUGAAAAUUGUCUUCUUUUGAUUUCUAGUCUUGUGAUUUCGAGUGAAGAAUUUUUCCAAGUUUUAUUGUUUGUUGUGUGGAAUAUGAAAGGAAAAUAAUUUUUCGAUAAUUGAAGGGAAUUGAAAAAUUUUAUAAUCGAAUUUUUUUAAGAAAAUUUUCUUAGAUAAUUAAAGGAAAAAUCCUGUUGUUUGGUGAAAGUGAAAGUAGGAUUACUUCCGUCUAAACGAACUGCAAAGGAAGAAAGAUAUGAAAAUUGUUUGUGAAAAUCGAAAGAAUUUAAAGUUGUUGAGUUUUGGAAACUUGAACAGUUUCAGUCAAUUCGACUUGAAUAAUCCUUAAGCCCUCGAGAAGGGAAGAGACAAUUUCGGGAACUGACUCUGUUUUAUAACUUUAAGAUAUCGAGACAAAGUGUGGUGUAAAAAAUGUAAACUGUUAGAACCGAAAAUACGAAAAAAAAACUGUUACAGACACUAACCUGCGAGGAGAGAACUCACAGUACCAAGUGCACAACAAGUGAACAAAUCAAACUGCAAAGUAUUGACAGCUCUUCAGAAACAACCUUGAAAAUCAAAGCUCUCAAAACUGGAUUACUAUCAUUUCAUAAAAAGGAUACUUGGAUUCAUGGCGAACACAGUGGAAAAACGCCGAUCCUUCCGCAUCAUGAGGUUCACGGACAACGGCAAAAAUGAGAACACACCCCCGAAUACGCAGCAUAGAAAUAGUAUCUACCGAAAAAGUCAGGAAACUGAUGGCGGCAUCUUACACAUGAUUCCUGAUCUGGAUAUCCCCCAAAUGAAUUUCACGGAUGAAUACAAUAUCGAACGGACCAUCGCUGAAGGAUGUUUUGCCAAAAUACUCUUGGCCACCCAUAGGCCAACCAACUGUUCGGUCGUCCUAAAAGCCGUCCACGCUGAACUCACUGGCCUCAAGGAUUUCAUCAAGGAAUUCCAUUACAGCUACCAACUAAGCCAUCAUCCGAAUAUCCUUAGUGCGUACAAUGUUGCAUUCCAAGCCAAUGAUUAUUAUGUAUUCGCGCAAGAGUAUGCCCCCUACGGUGACCUUGCCUCUAAUCUAGGACCAAAUGGAUUACAUGAGACUGCUUGCAAAUUGAUUGCUGAACAGCUGAGUUCAGCGUUAGGAUUUAUGCAUUCAAAGAGUCUGGUCCACAGGGACUUGAAGUUGGAGAAUGUGUUAGUAUUCUCGCCCGAUUUUUCACGGGUGAAAUUAUGUGAUUUUGGUGCUACCACCAGAAAGGGAACAUUAGUUGGUAAGGUCAAGCAUACAUGGGUGUCAUUUGUGCCACCUGAAGUCCUGGAGAGUGUGAAAAAUGAACGAUUCAUCUGCAAGACAUCCAGCGAUUCAUGGCAGUUUGGUAUCCUGCUUUAUUCAAUCCUUACUGGUAGUCCGCCAUGGCAAUCGGCCGAUUGGGUCAAGGAUGCAAAUUAUGCUGCAUUUAUGAAGUACCAAAAAAAGAAGACCACGAAAAUUCCAGAUAACUUCCGAAAGUUCUCCAGUCGCCUGAUUCGAUGCUUCCGAAAGUACCUAGACCAUAGUGAAGAGAAUCGUGCCAAAGUUACUGAAAUCACAAAGUAUUUGAAGGACCGAUGGGUGGAUUCGAAAAUGUCGGGGUCUAAAUCAGCGACACUGUUAGCUCAUGCUCCGGACAAUGAUCAGGAUUCAAUUUGCGUGUAUAUAAAUCAGCGGGAGAGUCGAUAUUCCUUGGAUGAAAGCAAGACCCGCCUACAGAGGAUAAUGAGCAGCUACGGCCUGGAGACAACAAUCGAUCAAGCGGCGGUUAAGAAGAGGAUCUGGGACUGGCUCUCCUCGUGUGAUGAUUCCUAUGAAGAUGUUGAGGUGUUCUAAAAAGCAAACGAGAGAUGAUUAUUUUUGGAAGCUUAGACCUUUUAAAUACUUUGUUGCUUAGUUCAUGAAUUGCGCGCAAAGGCAAAUCGAAGAGGACACGAGGCAUUCAACUGAAAUUCAUUCGUCCUCACUUAUCCUAAUUCCGGCCCGAUAGCUACUGAACUGUGACACCAUAAAACCCGGAUCAAAUUUCAUCUUCUAAAUUUUUUCCAAAGAGCGAAAUUGGAUACCAACAAAAUCGGGGGAAAUUUAUGCAACAAAAGAAAUAGAAUUCCAACCUCUUCUAAAUGCUUAGAACGGAAAUAUAAUAGAAAGCACGGAGCGAAUGGAGCAGUGAAUGGUCGACCAACACGAAGGCCGCGGGAUAAGAAAUCUUGAUUUAAUUUACAAUUCAAAUGUGAACCUUUUCAAACGACCAAACACUAACCGGCACUCUCGUCCUUAUGGUGUCGUCUCGUUCCUGACUUGUUUCAACGCUUCAGGCUUCGCUGAAAGGUAGUUACCUAAGUCCUGCUACUACUUUUUCUCUCGUCCUUUUGUGCUGUGCCGGAGUAGCUGUAAGAACGACAACGACAAAAAUUUUCCACGAUAUCAGCUCUUUUUAUAUCACUUUGUGCUUUGUGUUUAAGUUCGACUAUUGUGUAUGGAAAGCAAGGGACAAUGCGAGGUUGAUGGUGGUGGAUUUUGCAUGUAAUUUUCCUUUUUUAUUUGGAUUUAAAAAUAGAAACGUUGAUUUGAUGCUGUUUAAGUGAGGAGACUGUUUGUGGUGGAAGUUUAAUUUUGAAUUGUGGAUGGUUAUGUAAUGGUGGUCACGCAAUUGUAUUGAAAUAUCCAGGAUAGAGACAAGGCAGGGGACUCCAUUCCCUAUUUCUGGUAACAUACUAUUUCUUGGAAGAGUUUAUUGAAAUCCCUGAUUUCAUAUUCCAAGGCAUGCACCACCCAAACCAUUGCUUGCCUCAUGCAAGCGACAGGAUUAGACGUACGCUCCUACGUGACUUCUUUUGAAAGGAAACAAAUCACCCUAAUUUAGCUAGGUUCAGUUCACUUUCUUGUUAUAAUUUUCUACAUGGCGGGAUAGCAUACUGAAUACCAAUUUGAUUGGAUGGAAUCCAAAUGAGGACGAAUCCAAUUCAGACAAAUGAUACGUCUUCUGUAAAUGCUCAGUAAUAUAAGCCCCAAUUGAAAGUCGUAUACAACAAACAAAGGGACACCCUACAUGGAAUCUAAAAAUAGCCCCGAAGCUCCCAUCGACAGCACACAAACAAUUUCAAUGAACACAGAAAAGGAUAUUUUUAGUCUGCAAAAGAUUUCGAUAGUCAUGACAUCCUUUGCUUUUUCCUUACUAGUAUCAAAGCGCCCCGUCAAAAAAUUGCUUCGUCAUUGCCAGCUUAUGCCUUUUUGCUAUCAAAGGACCUCAAGGCUGUCGCUAUGAAAAGAUACACAAACAAAAUGUCUCAUCUACUUGUGGGACGAAUCCUUGAGUUGGGUGCUGUUUUUUUCGUAUUAUAUAUCUCCUGCUCCAGUUGAUAAUUUUCUUGUAAUUUCCUUAAGGAUUCAUAGCUUCGUUUUGACCAAGACCAAAUUGUAAAAGAAAUGAAAAGACAAAGAAAUAAGUGUGACCAAAAAUAGACGGAAAAGUAUCUUGUUAUGCAGAAGACAGGAUGAUGUAAGAGGAUUGCUAUUAUAUCAUAAA